GUGCUUUGUAUGCGCACACCCUCGCGCGCCUAGCUGUCCUCUAGCAGCUUGGUUUCGUUCUCAUCCUACGUAGUUAGAUACACUAGAAGUGCUGUUAACCAGUGUAAACAACCACAUCGGCCGGCGUCGCGAACAGUAGAAAGUUAUCGUACGUUCGUCAGUCUGCCAACUUUCUCACAGCAGCACAAACAUCCUCCCGGCUAGCUGGUCUGCCACCGAAGGAAACCAUCGGCCAGACGAAAUGCCAAUUUUCACGAAAAAGUUUGCACCGAAAGUGGCGCCCCCUCGUACGGCCCGGCUCAACAUUGGCUGCCCACCGCAGCAGGAGGAUCUGGACGAGUACCGCAACAUCCGGCUGAACCUGCUGGACAAGCAGCUGUGCUUCGUCGACGGGGUUUGGAUGAGUGCAAUCAAAGCCACUGCGGCGGGUUCGGGCGGUUCAUCGGCAUUACCCGGCACCAACAACGCCAUCGACGACCUGCUCCGGAUGAAGCGGCGAGUCAAAAGUCUCGAGCAGGAAAAUAAUCUGUACCAGGUGAAGUUGGACGUGCUGUUGGAUCUGCUAACGGAGAAUGUGAUUGAACUGAGUACAGUGAAGGGUCAAUAAAUAUCUAAAUUAAAU